UCUGACGUCACGGCAGCGCUCGGCAGUUCCUGCACACCCUCGCCAGGAUGACGACCGGAUCGGAUACCUUUGGCGUUCCCUUGAAAAAGGCAUCAGACAUUGAUGUCCUAAAGCCGCUGAAAAAUCUGAUAACUUCCCGCUACCAGACGGCAGACCAGGAGAGCUACGUGAGUGCCAUCAACGACCUGGCCAGGCUACGAAACUCAGCGGUGUGCAGGACUCUAGAUAACCAUGAAUCAUCCCUGGAGACCCUGUACAGGUACUAUGACCAGAUUGUUGCCUUGGAGUCCAAGAUCCCUCCAUCAGAGAUACAGAUUCCCUUCAAAUGGAAAGAUGCCUUUGACAAGGGAUCCAUCUUUGGUGGCCGUAUCAGCCUUACGGUGGCCUCCUUGUCAUAUGAGAAGGUGUGUGUGCUGUACAACAUUGCCGCACUGCAGACCCAAGUUGCCGCAGCACAAAACCCCACCUCAGAUGAUGCCCUGAAGCUCAGUGCGAAGUUGUUCCAGAGUGCUGCAGGAAUCUUCAACCACCUGAAGGGCAUUGUCCACUCAGCAGUGCAGCAGGAGCCCACACCAGACCUGCAGCCUGAGACACUAACAGCACUGUCCAGUCUGUGUGUGGCUCAGGCACAGGAGGUGAUUGCUGUGAAGGCCAUAAAUGAUCGUAUGAAGGACCUGGUGGUGGCCAAACUAUGUUCCCAGUGUGAAGAUUUGUUUGGUGAAGCCUUGAAGCAUCUCCAGAGAGAGACUCUGAAAGGCCUGUGGGACCGUGACUGGAUCCCCCAUGUGGCAGGGAGGCAGGCCGGCUACCACGCCCUGGCCGAGUACCACCAGAGUAGAGUAUGCAACAGCAAGAAGAUAGUAGGUGAGGAGAUUGCCCGACUCAAACACGCUGUGGAGCUGUUCAAGACAGCCCAGACCCGUGCUGGGGACCCAAGUCUCUUUGAGGAGAAUGUUGGCCGUGCACAGCGAGCGCUGGAUGAGGCUGUGAAGGACAACAACUUCAUUUAUCACGAGGCUGUGCCAGAUUUCAAGUCCCUGGCAAGCAUAGACAAGGCUGUUGUGGCCAAGGCAACACCAGUGCCUGAGAAGUUCAGUGCUAACUUCACUGACUUGUUUGAGACCUUAGUGCCUGUGAGCGUCCAGCAGGCCUUGGCAGCCUAUGACACCCGCAAGCAGGAGAUUGUCAGCAUGGAGAUUGGCAAGCUGAGAGAGAGCACACAGCUGCUCAACUCCAUCCUGGCCUCCCUUAACCUGCCAGCAGCCAUUGAAGAUGUCGGGGGAGAGAAGGUUCCUCAGUCCCUGCGUGAGAAAUCUGCCUCUGUGGCCCAGGCUGGAGGUGUUCAGGCUCUUGACAAGAUGAUCAAGGAGCUGCCAGAGCUGCUUACAAGGAACAGAGAAUUGCUGGAGGAAUGUGAAAGGCAGCUAACAGAGGAGAAAGAAUCUGACAACCAACUGCGUGCUCAGUUCAAGGAACGGUGGACUAGGACACCCUCAGACAAGCUUACGGGAACCUUCCAAACCAAUGCUCAGAAAUACAGGAAUGUGAUAGACACAGCGGUAUCAGCAGACACCACCAUCCGAGAGAAGUAUGAUAAGCAUAAGGAAGGGAUGGACUUGCUCUCAGCUGGUCCUGAAAACUUGGCUACUUCUCUGCCUUCUGCUGGAGCCAGUGACAAUGGCAGCAAUCCAGCCAUUCAGAGGCUCAAGCAACUGAUGGAGGAUGUUGAGACUCUCAAGGCUGAGAGGGAUGCCAUAGAGUGUGAGCUGAAGAGUGCCAAUGCAGAUAUGAAAGAUGAGUUCCUGAAUGCAUUGUCUCAAGAUGGAACCAUCAAUGAAGUUGCCAUUUCCACAGAAAGUUUGGGUCGGCUGUUUGGUCCCCUGCAGAAGCAGGUGAAAGAAAGCUUGGACCGCCAGGAAGGCUUGGUGAAAAAUAUUCAGGAAGCUCAUGCUGACUUCUGUAAAGCUGCGACUGGUGUUGGUGGUGAGCGGGAAGCCAUGCUGAUGAAGCUGGCAGCUGCCUAUGAUACCUUCAAUGAGCUCCGCAGUAAUCUGACAGAGGGCACAAAGUUUUACAAUGACCUCACCCAACUGUUGGUUAAUUUCCAAGGAAAGAUCAACGACUUCUGCUUUGCUCGCCGCACAGAGAAGGAGGAGCUGAUGCGGGACCUGACGCAGGGCUUGGCUAAUAUGAAGGUGGGCACCACCCCCAGCACCCCUGCCCACCAUCAGGACGCUGCUGCCAAGUCUCCUCCUCCCCGUCCUCCUCCACCCACUGUUCCUAACCCCUACCAGGGUGCUCCACAGCCAGCAGCCCCUCAGCCAGGAGCCCCACCAGCACAACAACCUGGGGCACCCCCUGUGCAGGCCCCUCAAGCCCCUCAGGCUCCUCAGAUGUAUGGUGCCCCUCAGCCAGGAGGCCUGCCCUAUCCUGUCAAUCCAACAGGGAUGCCAGCUCCUCAAGGGUAUGUGUACCAGAGCUAUCCAGUGUACACACCCAUGCCUCAGGGGUACUAUCCUUACUUUCAGCCACAGCAGCAGCAUCCUCCUGCGCAGCCAGGAUAUCCACCAUACCCUCAGCAACCCUACCCUAGCUAUCCCUACCCACCACAACCCCAUCCCCCACAACAGUGAUCCCUCUUAUGGUAAAUUAUAAAAGAGAAGCUUAUACUUAAAAACUUUUUGCCAAUCUUUAUGCUUAGUUUGCAAUAUCAUUACUGGUGUGUGAGUAACUGAUCAUGUUGGGUUGUAGUGUGUGCAGUGUGAUGUGAAGGUGCUGCUGUGGCUGCCAGAUGGAUGCAGCUUCAGGGAACUACUGUGUAUGCUGUGUAUUUCUUUGAAGCAUUCCACAUUUGGAAUACUCCUUUUUUUCCCCCCUACGAUUUUGUUACAGUACAUUUUUGUCCUCUCUUAGAUAUUUGCAUCAUAUACUAGCCAAGUUUUAUAUUUGCCUUUUGUAGCUGAAUUUAUUUGUGACAUGUAGCCUUAAUCAUUUUUACUUUAAGACUUACAUAUUAAUCUUUGGUUUCAAUGUUACCUGCAUAGGGAAUUACCUUUGAGGAAUGCAGUACUGUUUAGUGUGAUCCAAAGUGAUAUAUUGGCUGAAAUAUGGGCUGACUGGGCCUCAAUUGCUAGUGCAUAUAUAGUGUGCAUCACUGGCCUCAUCUUAUCCUAGUGAGCAAUCCAGGAAGGAUAGAGUUAGAAAAUUGCUCCUACAAUUUGUUGCAUGUUACAUGAAAUAUUUUAUUGUUCACAUACUUUAGAGCAAAAUGAUAUUUAAACUAUGCAUUAAUAAAUAUAUCUACUGAUCUAAAUAUAUUGCCGUCACAUAAAGAUAGCAGAGCACUUAGUAAUUAUUACAAGGUGAGGCCUGUGCUCUUCAGCUUAUUGCAUUGUGCAUGGGAAUAUGAUUUACAGACAUAUUGAGCACUUUUCUGAAGUCUAAGUGCCAUGAUGAGCAUGUGUGUCUGUAAAACUCAUAUUGACAUAAGCUGUUUGCUAGUAGGUUCAUGAGCAAGAGUGGUCAAACAAAGUCUGUAAUUGAAACUCAUGAAUGACAGAACUUGCGUGAUAUAUUUACAUAUCAGGGACUCAAUAUGUUCUGUUGUUCAUGUCAAAGAAGCCUCUUUCAUCCAGUCAAGUCAGUUCAAUUGCCCUUCUUACUGACUAUCAGCCAUGUGUCACAGAAGUAAUUUAUCGUAAUAUUUAAGGACAUUUUAUACAUAUAUAUAAAAUUAAACAAUACACAAAACAUUUUAUUUGACUAAGAGGUCUAGGCCUUGAAUCAAUGGCCAGGUGGAGACUAUGUGAGGCACAUCUUCCACACUGAAACCUCUUCUCCUUGUGUUGAAUGCAGUUACUGAUGUAAAUUGUGAGCUCCUGGUGGCAUCAAUGGUGGGCCAGCAUUCCCUCUCUCUGAAGUUUUGAAAGUGUUUACCCUUGCAACAAAAGUCUGAUAAUAGUUCUUGCAAUAUAUGUAGAAGGAACAGAUGGUGUUGAAAAAAUGGGAAAAUAAGUGUUAUGUUAUAUAUACAUAUUUCAUGUGUUAAAAUAUGCAAAUCUUGAGAGAUGAUGUUGGAGAGGAAGAAGAAAGCUUGAUAAAACAGCAUACUUAGUUUUGAUAUUAUAGGGCUUGUUGAUGGCAAGUGUAUAUGAUUAGGCUUUAGCAAGGGUGUGUGUGUGUGUGUGUGUGUGUGUGUGUGUGUGUGUGUGUGUGUGUGUGUGUGUGUGUGUGUGUGUGUGUGUGUGUGUGUGUGUGUGAGAGAGAGAGAGAGAGAGAGAGAGAAAGAGAAAGACUAUUGUUGUUUGCAGCUCUUAGGAUGGCACAGAACAUACAUACCCACUGUGCUUUUCUUUGUGAGUAGAAUUUAUUAACUUGGAGGGGUUGUAAGUUACUUCAUGUAUAUUUCAUUAUUCAGUAGUCUUUUCUUUGGUCUGAAGGAACUGAUGAUGACUAUUGGAGUCCUGUGUUGUCACUAUAACCCUUAAAUCAAAGUAAUCUUUAGAAUAUUUUCAUAGUUAUACACCUGUUUUUAUUUUGAGAGUUUUCAUUCUAAAGGUAUGCUGUGUGUAGAAUUGUAAAUAGUGCUUGUAACAAUGACAAAAAAAGCAAAUCACAGCUUAAAUUUUGUUGGAAAAUAUUUUGUCACAAUAUAUUACUAUAUCAUAAUAAAACCAUAAAGCCUGA